GACACUCAACAUUUGACAGAAAAUGGCUGACUUCCCACGGUGCGGAUAGUUUGCUUUAGCACAAUCUUUAAGGUGCUUCACGGUCAGACCAUGCCCUGUUGCAUUUAGCGGAAGAAAACAUCAUGUUCAAAAAGGCCAAACGAGCUAAUUUCCGCCGGCGGAAUGCAUCCGACGAGGAGGACCAGGAGGAGGGUCGACAGCCCCCAGCGGCCCCGCUGCCGCUGCCGUCGUUUGGGCCCGUUGCGGAGGAAAUCCCGUUUAUGGAGACUUUGGAUAACAGCGUUACCGCAGCGCCCAGCGGCGCGGACAACUACCAUAGCAACGGGCUCCAGGUCAACGUCUGCAAUGUCAGAGCUGUCAAGAAAGAGAAGAAAGGCAAAGAACCGGCCGUCGUCACGGUUACGGCGGCGGGACCCACGAAAGCCAGUUUGCUGAGUUUCGACGACGAUGAAGAAGGAUCCGAGGUGUUCCGGGUGAAAAAAUCCAAUCACAGCAAGAAGAUUGUCAAACAGCUGAAGAAAGAAUACAAGGAGGACCUGGAGAAGUCUGGAGUCAAACAGGACGUCAGAUCAGAUGCGCCACCUCAGCCCCUGGUUUCCAUCAAAGAGGAAGUUCUUAGCAAAGCGGGUAGUGAACAUGGGGAGGAAGAAAUGGAGGUUGACAGUGCAGAGGAGGAAGAGGCGAAGGGUCAAGGUGGCCCGGCACAAGGUCAAGUCUCCAAGAGCAACAACACUGGGGCGUCGUUUAACACGCUUUCCUCCCUCGGCAGCCUCAGACCAGGGGAGAUCCCUGAUGCCGCUUUCAUCCAUGCUGCCAGAAAGCGCCGGCAACUAGCUAGAGAGCUGGGCGGUGAAGCCCCCCUGAUAGAGACGGACACGCCCAAGAAACGCAUGGUACGGGAAGAAGAUCAAGAUGCCAGCGACGACGAAGACGAGGAAGAGAAAAGGAUUCGCUUCAGCGGAGUGAAGAACUUAAGCCAGAGACAAAAAAUUGCAGAGGAGAUAGGUAUUGAGGGCAGUGACGACGAGGCGCUGGACACCGGUCAAGAUGAGGAGGUGAGCCGCUGGGAGCAGGAGCAGAUCAGAAAAGGAAUCAGCAUACCCCAGGUCCAAAGCAUCCAGCCAGAGGACAACACGGUCUACUACCAGAACAGCUACGAGAGCCAACCCUAUGGCUCCGCCUACUGCAUGCCGUUCACAUACAGCACCGUUGCCCCACACACCGCCAAGCCGACGGGCCGAGCAGACAAUGGCUCCGUUCACUACGGGACGCCUAUUGGUGAUCUAACGCCCGUGUCCAUUGAUCUGGUAAAGAAACGCCUGCAGGAAAGGCUUGGCCAAAUGCGCGCAUGCCACAACGCAAACGCCAACCGCUACAAACAGAUCGAAGAAGACCUAGCGGCCUCCGAGAGCGCCAUACUGCAGCUGGAGGGCUCGUCCAAUGACGAUGCAGAUCAAUAUAAAUUCUUGCAAGAGAUGCGAGGGUAUGUUGGAGACUUGCUUGAGUGUUUCAGUGAAAAGGUGCCUGCUGUCCUGGAGCUGGAGGCUGCCAUGCACCAGUUACUAAGGCAACGUGCCUCACGACUUGUCCAGAGAAGACAGGAUGAUAUUAAAGAUGAAUCGUCGGAGUUUGCAAGCCUUUCAAGUAAGGCUGUCAUGGCUCCUAAUCUGGACUCCUUUGGUCGUGACCGCGCAGCGUACCAAGAGAACAGUCGUCAGAGGAGGAUAGCUGAAAGAGAAGCACGACGAACUCGCCGGCGGCAAGCUAGAGAGCAGAACGGAAAGCGGGCCGAGCACAAAGAAGGCCUGUCAUCUGACGACGAGGAGACUUCAACUGACAUCACCAGCUUCAACACGGAGAGAGAUCGCAUCAUCAGGGAGUGUAAGAAAGUGUUCGAGGACGUGGUGGAGGACUUUCAUUCUCUGGACUGCAUCAAAUCCCAUUUCGAAGUGUGGAGGAGAAAAUACGCCGACUGCUACAGAGAUGCCUACAUAGGCCUCUGUCUGCCCAAACUCUUCAACCCUUUAGUCCGUCUGCAGCUGAUUACAUGGAACCCCCUCGAGACUCAGUGUGCAAAUUUCGAGUACAUGCUCUGGUUCGAGUCGCUGCUGUUCUACGGCUUCGAGGAGCACAGCGUGUUGCAGAGAGGAGACGGGGAUAUCGGCUUGUUGCCUGCUAUUGUGGAGAAGGUCAUCCUCUCCAAGCUGACAGUGUUGGCGGAGCAAGUGUGGGACCCGCUCUCCGACAGUCAGACAGCCGGGCUGGUGGGCUUCAUUCACAGACUAAUGAAAGGUUACCCCACUGUGCUGCACGGGGACAACCGAUACACACAGGAGCUUUUGAGGACCAUUGUCUUCAGGACCCGGCGGACUCUGGAUGAAGAUGUCUUCCUUCCACUCUACCCCAAAAAUGUGUUGGAGAACAAGAACAGCGACCCCUACUUAUUCUACCAGCGGCAGUUCUGGUCAUGUGUUAAGCUACUAGACAACAUCCUGCAGUGGGAAGGAAUCUUAUCCAGUUCCUGUCUGAAGGACCUGGCACUGGACAGCACUGUGAACAGAUACAUCCUCUCUGCACUGCAGAGCACCGACACUGGAGCAGACAAUAUCCCAAAGUGCCAGAAGGUAGUGGAGUGUCUGCCGGUGCAGUGGUUCUCUGGACUGAAGGGUCAGCACACGCUGCCUCAGCUGGAGCCAUUCUGUCGCUACCUCACCCACCUGGCCAGCACGUUGUACCGCGGCAGUUUGGGAGGGUCUGACGUAGAACGGCGCACUGCCAAGGACCAAGUUAAAGAGGUUGUGAAGCUGUUGGGCAACAUGAAUGCUCUGAACCACAUCAUCGCGGUGGCAGCAGAGCACGGCAUCAAAGACAUCAAGCCAUUUUUGGCGGCCAAGUCGUAGAGGAGGACAUGGCAGUGGACCCUUUUCCUACAUCUUUGCAGUUGUGGGAGCCCUAAGGUUGGAUUUCUAUGGAAAAGAAACUGCAUAAAUGGACUUGAAAUUAAACUUUUGAUUUGACAGUUGGUACCUUGCCUGUAAAGAGAAGGAGCAAGACAUUGGUGUAAAUAUUGUGAAUAAUGUAUAGAACGGUGUGCUCAUCGGCUCAACACAACACGGAUGCUGAAAUAAGGCCUUCUACAGUCUGCUCAGAAACACACUCUGGUUGUUCUACACGUGGAAGAUAUUUUAAAUGGAUAAUUUAUUCAGAAUAAACAAUUGUUAAUGUG